UGUCCGACAGCGGGCGCUAAGUAGGAAGGUUGAACAGUCAAUGGGUUCAACUCAAAACAUUUUUUGUUUCCAGUCGACAAGUUGAUGUUUGAGUGCGGCGUUUUUGAAAGUCUGCAUGCUGAAACUUUUAACUGACGAAAUCGCACGGGUUUCUUAAUUAAAUAUGGACGAACUAAGGCAUCAGGUUAUGAUAAAUCAGUUUGUUCUUACAGCCGGAUGCGCGGCAGAUCAAGCAAAGCAGCUUCUACAAGCUUCACACUGGCAGUUUGAGACUGCUCUCAGUACAUUUUUCCAAGAGGCUAAUAUUCCCUACAGCCAUCAAAUGAUGUGCACUCCAGCCAACACGCCAGCGACACCCCCUAAUUUCCCAGAUGCCCUAGCCAUGUUCUCUCGUCUUAGAGCCUCCGAGAGCUUCAGCAACAGCAGUCCCAUCGCUUCUAUGGCUACAUCACCAGCUCCUCACACCAACUGGGCCAUGAGCCCUCCGGCAACCCCUGGUCACCAGGGGCGAUGGACUCCAGGUCAGCUCAUGCCGCAGUCGCCGUCACCGGGCUGGCCGGCGGCUGUGACUCAGCAAGCCUCUGCCGAGCAUGCUAGCAUCAUCAUGGAGGCUGAGAGAUAGAGACUGCUUUCACUAGCCAUCACACCUUACACAAAGAUGGAGGAUGGACCUUCCUCUUAAUGAUUUCGGCAGGUGUGGAUGUAAAACAGUGUGACGAGAGCACUGGGUUGCAGUGGAGGGACAGCGUGUGGCCUCUUCUCUGAGGUCACAUGAGAUCUGGGAUCUUUUCGAAUGCUUUUUUUUUAUUUUUUAUUCUAGCGAUUACCAAAAAGAUGUACAGAAUGAGUGAUUAUGUAGCAUAUUCACAGAUAACCUCGGACAGAUGAAUGUGUUACUGAAUAUUGUCUUCAGUUUCAGCAGUUCUCAAGUAAUGGUGAAAACUCUAUUUUGCACUGUGUACUAAACACCUGCAGUGGAUCUAAGGUUAAAAGAAUAGUUGCUCACCGUCAUGUCAUUCCGAACCUAUUGACUUUCAUUUUAUAGACAACAUUUUCUUCAAAAUAUUCUACAGAAUAUUAUAUUCCACAGAAGAAAGUCAGUCAUGCAGGCUUGGAAGGACAUGAGGGUGAGUAAUUGAUGACAGAAUUGUGUUUUUGGCUGAUCUGUCUAUUUAAUUGACAGGUUUACUGCAGAAAACACAUGAUCUUUUGACCUGGUCUGUCAUUUUUUACUUCCUUAUGACUCCGUAAUGAACUGAAUUGGCAUUUUGUAUUAAAAUUAUGGUUUAGGCAGUUUUUUUUACCCAGAAUGUUUAAUUCUCUGGUUCUGUUUAGCACUUACAGCACAUUUGUCUCUUACCACAAAUCCCCAUUUGUCCCUAUAAGAAUAUUUUCUUUUCACGAUCAUCUCCCUGUAACGGUUCACACUGCCUCCACAAUAUUUGUGGACUAUGUGAUGGUUUUCAUUUCCUGUUUAUGUUUUUAAAUAAAUAGUGUAUAUAUAUA